GGGCAGGGACGUCGAGUGAGAUACGUGUUUUGGGUGAACGAAAUGCGGAAUCCGUGUUAAGGUUCGCGAACCGAGACAGAAAGUGUUUGGAAAACAGCCGCGUUAUUGCUCUUCUCGGUAGUGUAUUUUAGUGAAAAGUCAUCAGACUAGUCAACUAUACUGGUGUAUUAAUUUAUCGUUUAAAAAAGCGUUCGCGGGUCGUGUAUAGGAACAAAAGGGCUCGCUAGAGAUACAACCAGCUUCAACAGAAGUUACAAUAUCUAAUUACACUUUGCAAUGGCAGUUAGGUAGUCUUAAUUGUUUGCUCAGGACUUUCGUCAACUUUGAGCACAUUUCUGUCAAGCUGAAAAUGUAAAGAAACAGAUAUAAUGAAAACACAGAAAAAGGCAGUGGUUGCCCGGAAGGCAACCAAAAUGCCAACAAUUGCUAAAAAACGUCGCACAUUUUUAGAGAAAACAGUUUCUGAUGUGAGAAAAGAUAAAAAGCCUAAAAAGGUUGAGACAAUGGAGGAUGCAAAAAGGAAGAUAGAGAAUGAUAAGAAGAAAUCAGAGAAGGUUGAAGACAAGAAGAAGAUAGAAGAUAAGAAGAAAAUGGAAGAGAAACGGAAAGAGAAAUCUGAAAAAGUGGAUGAAAAAAAGAAGUGUAUUAAAGAUCCAGAAAGAAAGUGGGAGAAAGUAGAAGAAAAAAAAUUAGACAAGGCGGAUGAAAAAAUCACCGACGAGUGUACUUAUGAUGUAACAGAGAAGAAAAAAGUACAAAAAAUAGAAGAGAAAAUGAAAUUGGAUAAGCAAUUGAUAGAAAGCAAGAAAAAAGUUGAAAAGGUGGAAGACAAAAAGAAAAGUGUCAGACUUGAGGAUGAGAGAAUAGAAGAUCAACCAAAACUUUUGAAUGUUACAGAAGAGACUAAUGUGCAUGAAGAAAAGUUAGAUAUUCUGUGUUCCAUUCCUAAGAAGAAAUGCAAAGAUGACAAAAAGAAGGAUGGCAAACUAGUUAAGCCAGACUGCAAGGAAAAUAUAAAGAUUUCUGUGAUAAAAGACAAAAAGUCAGAACGUAAAAAGCUUCUUGAAAAAGGUACAAUAAGUAGUAAAGGUUCUAUAACACGAACGAAAAAGUCUUCUAAGACAAAAUCGAUGCAAAAGAAAGGUAUUUCUAGAAAGACUGUCUUAACAAAAAAGUCACAUCUAUCAGUGGUCCAGAAACUGGUGGAUAAGAAAAUUAAAUUGAACAAGGUGAUAAAAGACGAGGAAACAUCAGUGAGUGAAGAGGAUGAAGCAAUGAAGAAAACAAAAAAGAAGAAUGUUAAUAUUUCUAAAAAUAAAGUUAUGCAAGAGAAGAAACCAAAGUUAAGAAAGCAUAUGAAAGCUAAGUUGCCUUCGAAAAAUAGUAAAAUAAGCACUGCAUUAAAAAAAGAUGAUAAGCUUAAAACAUUGGUAGAGAAAGUUGUACCUAGUAAAAAGAAAAUGGAUAUAAAGGAAACGGAAAAACCGCUGAAUGAGCACAAAAAAACUAUAAGUAAAGAUGACUCGAACGAGGAAGCACAAACAAACAAUGUAAAGAGUGAAGAAGAGGAAGACAAAGAUAUUGAUAAAAGUUGUAAAGAAGAACUAUCACAGUCAAAAACGUUGGAUAUUAAAAAAUCUAUAAAAAAUAAUUUAAAAGUAGGUAAGAAGGUGAUAAAGAAGAAGGCUAUAAAAGCACAAACGGAGAACACAAAUCAAACACUCUCUUCCUCUGAAGAAACAUUUUCUGAGAUAUCUGUUAAACAGAUUAAAGUUUGUGAAGAUAGUCCAAGCGAUGGUAUUCCUUCUAAGCAAGAAGAAGUCAACAAUGAAAGUGUAACUGAUGCAAAUCUGAAAGAAGAAAUUGUUAAUGGUGACACUUCGGGUGGCAAUGGUUUUUCUUCAGAUUCAGAAAAUGAAAGUGACGACGAGACGAAGAAAAACAAACAGAAGGACAUUAAGAAAAAAGAAAGAUGUAAUUCACCAUCUGAUGAACGUGUUCGACGAAUGAGAUUGUUUGGUUUCUGGAGUGGACCAAAACGACAUAGGGUGGCUUCAUUAAAUGCAUUGGCUAAGGUUCAUUGUUUAUAUGAAAAUGAAACUGGUGGUGUAUACCUUGGGGGUUUCUGUAAACCAAAACCUGAAAAGGAGAAGGAGAAACAGAAGAAAACUAAAGAAGAAAAAGAAGAACCUCCUCGCAAGGAAAAGGACAAGGAAAAAGAAAAGGAAAAGGAAAAGGAAAAGGAAAAGGAAAAGGAAAAGGAAAAGGAAAAGGAAAAGAAAGCGGAAAGUAAAGGUGAAGAAAAUACUUCGAAAAGGAAAUUGAGAAAUGUCCCAGGAUUACGGGGGAAGCAUUGGGAUAUGAUAGAAAGUUCUUCAUCUUCGUCUUCUUCUGAUGAGGAUUGCGAACAAGAAAAAAAUGUAGAAUGCACUAAGAAAAAAACAAUCAAGCGACGGAAAAGGAAUGAAGAAGUAAUGGAUUUGAAAGAUAUGGUAGUUUGCAAACGAAUGGCAAGCCUUAAUGCUACAGCAAUUCUGGCUGCUUCUUAUUCAGACGAGAAAAAUCGUUGUAGUAGCAGUUCCGAUUCUUCCAGUGAGUCAGAGGUAGAAAUCAUUAAAAGACGAAAGCAAAAUGAUUCUGAUGUCGAGAAGCGGAAGUCAAGACAAAAUUCUGAACAGGAUGAAGUCUUAAAACCAUCUAAUAAACUUCUUAUUGUGAAUCAAGAUACAGAUGUCACUAUUACUGGUGUAUAUGUUAAUCAAACUCGAUCCACGCAUCAUGAAGGAUUCUGUAGCAUUGCUGGUAUGCAAUAUAGAAUAAGUUCAACCAGUCAUACUCAAACAGCAGCUACUGCAGUGGCUACUGAACUUCAUGAUCAGCAAAAAUUGGAGCAACCUUGCAAAUCGUAUACACCGUUAGGUGCAUUAUCUUCGAUGCAACCGCCAGGGAGUCAAGGGAAUCAUCCGAACAUGUCGCCUAGAAGACAUUCAGCAUUCUCAGCACCACAUCAACAUGGGUAUUAUCAGCCGGCUGGACCACUGAUACAACACCCACCAACUUUACCACCUAUUAAAGGACCACCUCCAGAACCAACGCCUACACCUCCUCAAAAUUCUGAAGGCUCAGAUGAUUUAGUAGCAACUUCAACUACUUCUGGAGGAACUAGUAGUACAGGGGGUGGAUUUUAUAGGGCAUAUUGUCCCCAAUAUUAUGGUACACCACCGCAGUAUGCAGACUUGUGUUAUCCUUCGGCUUAUUCUCAUCCGCAUGCUCAUCCGCCGCCUUACUAUAAAUACACACCAACUUAUAGAAGGUAUAUUUUCAGGCAAUAUUAUGGAUACCAGGAAUCCAGUGGAGGUGGUGGUCCUGGAAGUGGUCCUACUGCAGGAGGCCCGGCAGUAGUUGAUUACCAACCACCUCCACCACCACCUGGUGAAUAUGCUUUGCCACCGUAUUAUGCAGGAUACCCACCACCUCCACCACCGCCUCCGCCUCCACCUAAUCCAGCGUAUUUGCAUUCUCAAGGAAGACCUUUUGUAGAUCAUGCAGCCUUCCAGGGUUGCCCAUGCCCGAUGCAAUCUUGUCCAAAAAACGUGGAUACUGGGCCCCUUAUUGGUAAUGGUAAGGGAGCGCCAGUGGUAUCGGGGACCGGUCUGUCAUUGCCGCCCAGCGCUUUGGUAGGUCCGCCCUCGCCGGCGAGGGGGCUAGCCGGGCUAGCACCGCCUCACGGUGCUAACGCUUGGGAUACGGAUCGAGUCCAACUUAACACUCAUCGCAACCUGAAUCAGAACCAACCGUCGGUCCCUCCGUCUCAUAAUCUAGUCGAUGGACAUAAUCGCCCUCAAAACUCGGAUUGCAAAGACAAGGACGAGAAGAAUUCUACGGAAGAUAAGUUGCAAAAAUGUGGAUGUCAGCAACGUGCCUGUACAUCAACGUGUGAAGUUAAAAUGGAAAACCUUUCGCCUACCGAGAAACUAGCAGUGUCGACUUGUCCGAGUAAUAAGUUUCACACAUUUAAAUUGGAGAAUAACAAUGUGAAGUGUGAAUCCUGUAGUGUAGAGAUGGGUGACAACUUGACCUGUGUCGCAAAUUGUAACGUUAAGUGUGAAUCGGAUUACAAGUGCGAUAUAAUGAAAUGUGAACAAUGUAUGAAGGAGGAUCAAAUGGCUAUACUGGAAAUUGACAAGGAUUCCGGUAUAUUACUUGACGACAAAUUGGAUGGGGAUCCCGACGUUAAGGAGGAGUUGAACGAUGUUGUUGUGAUUGGGAGUGAAAAUUGGAAGAAACCGGACUACGAACCAACGGUACAAGAGAACAUUGAAGAUCCUAUAGAGAAGGAAUCUAUAGAUGGGCCGGAAGCGGAACAACCUAAGUGUCAAAGAGUAUCAAAGCGGAAAUUAUCUUUAGAUAGUUUGUCUGAUAGUAGAAAAAAAAGAAAAGUGAGUAAAAGGACUCUUUCAGUUGGCUCUUCGCAAGAUUUGAAUAAUAGUGACUUUUCGUCUAGAAUUUCUGUACCGAUCUUAUCUCUCAUUAGAAAGGUCGAUGUUAGCAAUGACGCGUGUAUUUCAAAGAAAAAGCAGCCUAAGAAAGAUAAUCAAACACAAAAGCGAAGAUUAGAGAAUUCAGUAUCUUGUGAAAAUGCAAUAAAAAAGUCUAAGACUUCUAAGCAGAGUACAAGUAACAAUAUUCCAAAUUGUUUCAAACAUGUUGCCAGUGAUAACUCUAUUAUGGAAACUAUUAAUAAUGUUAUACAGCAAAGUUUGCAGAUGACACAGAAAAAAGAUCGUAAGAGUAAAAAUAUAGAAAAAUCUGAGAAAACGAAAAAAGAAGCAAACUUGCUGUCCGUAGUGAAAAAGGUAGCUAAGAAAGUUGAUUUAGUAAAAGAUAUGGCGUCAGAGAAGUUAUCGAAAGUAAUUUCAAAAAGUGGUCAGUCUAGAAGUAAGACGGACACACGUGCGAAGUCGAAGGCUCACGAUAAGAGUAAAUGUAAAGUAAAAGGUAAAUCGAAAGUGCACGAUACAAACGGAAAAGAUAAUGGUAAAAAGCACGAGAGUAUAACUAAAUCUAAAGUGAAGGAUGUUAAUGAGACUAUUAAAAAGCCAGCUUUAAUUAAAAAGAAACGGAAAAGUGCGAAGAAAACGUCUGUAAAAAAAUCUGCCACCAAAGUCGAGGAAUGUGUAGUAGGAAGUGAAAAUCUACUGCUAACUAGGAAAACAUUUUUAAAGCCGAAGUGGAGUAACGGAUGGAACUGGGAGGGCGAUCCUUUUGAAGCCAAAGUUUAUUUAACGAACGAAGAAUCGGCUAUACGUCGAUGUUACGCGAGUAUGAGACACGAAAGUGGUGACGUAUUAAGACCGCGCGACUGCGUUUUACUAAAGAGUGGUCCACGGAAAGCUGAUUUGCCAUUUGUAGCAAAAAUUGCCGCGUUAUGGGAAAAUCCAGACGAUGGUGAAAUGAUGUUUUCGUUGUUGUGGUACUACAGACCAGAACAUACCGAGCAAGGUAGGACUCAAUACGACACCGAAGACGAAGUUUUCGCUUCACGGCAUCGGGAUGCAAACAGUGUCGCUUGUAUAGAAGAUAAAUGUUAUAUUUUGACAUUCAAUGAAUACUGUCGGUACCGUAAAAAUUUACGAAGAAUCGAAGAGGGAUUAGAGAGUCCCGGUUUGAUAGUUCCGCCGGGGGAUCAACUAUAUCCGCGUGAAUCACGACAGCCGCCGAUACCGGUGUCCUCCGAUAUGGUACUGUUUUGUCGGCGCGUUUACGAUUAUCGCGGCAAAAAACUUGUUAAGAAUCCUGGAUGACUCGACUUUUUAUAAAACGCUUUGAAC